AUGUCAUCGUCUGCAACUGCAUCAACUGAUAACACGAAGCAGCACGAUCGGCUGCGCCAGAGGCUGCAACGCCAGCUUCAGGUAGUCAAUGAUACGCUGGAGACGGCAGAGUACGACUGGUUUCUCCGUGGAGCACCCACAGGUUCUGCGUUAUCUCCAAUAAAGUCUCCUUCCCUGGCUACUUCAAGCAACAAUAAAGCAUUGCCCUCCGUUUGUGCCCCUGACACAGAUAACGUUGCGUGCCACCACGAGCUACUUCCUCUGCGGAGAUCGCGCACAGUUGAUGGUACAACAUCCAGAACCAAAGAGGAGUUUGGCACUUCUUCGCUGGCCCGGUCGUCCACAAAUGUGCUUUCGCCAUCAUCCUCUUCGGAACCCAAAAAACACGGCGGCUUUUUCCGCAGAAUAUUCGGCAAGGAGGAACGGCCACGGUCGCGGUCGUCCUCGGUUAGCGUCCAGCCUGUUUCGGCGCCCCCAGCUUCCGAGGUUCCACGUCCAAGAAGACAGUCAGUAGAACAACAACCAAAGGAGGAAGUCAAGCAGCCACAACGGGCUCCUUCAGAGAAACUGUCCAGCAAAUACAAGGACCUGGACCCUAAGCUGUACGAGUACCUGAAAGACAUUGAGGACACUAUGGACUAUGUGGAUUCGCCCGAGUACAAUGUAUUUGCUCCAACCAUAGAGUCGCACGUCAAAUACAGCCCUGAAGAAAUUCCGCCGCACCCCGACAAACCGAAACUCCCCUCGGCGUUCUCAUUGCACCCAAAAUAUAACCAUCCGGCCGAGGAGGAGGAGUGUCCGUCUUCCAGAGAGUCCAGAGAGGGUGUUUUCGGGUCGUUUCUCAAACUCUCUCGCAACAAAGACUCGAGCCACCUUUCGCCAUACCCGUCCAGAAGCUCGUCGCUGUCGAUCUCGUAUGUGCCUCCGCCACCCAAGGUCGAGAAGACGCCUCCCAUCAAGGCCCUCAGAGACGUCAAGCCUAUUCGGAAAGUGGCUUUUGCAACCACAACUUUUGUCAACGACCCCCCACAACAAAUUCCAUCCAGACACCCACGUAAGGGAAAUGUCGAGGUUGGCCCUGACGGAGAGCUGAUCAUCCACAAGCUCAGCCCAGAAGAGCAAAAAUGCGCCUCUUCCGGUAUCGUGGUGGGUGGAUCCGGCCAUCUACGACUCGUCCACCAGGAGUCGUCCAAAAGCAUGCAGAGAAGUCCGUCAGACCAGACCAUAAAUCAGCAGGACAAAGUAAUGGCAGCAGAGAAGGCCAGAACCACUGCGGACUCGAUGGGACCGAUCGACGACAUCAAGAUCGACAAGCCGAUGGUCAGAAGAAAAAAGCCGAUGGAAAAGCCGGUCGUCACGCUCAAGCUGGACGAGUUGUACACCCGAUGCUGCCACCUGCGAGAGAUUCUUCCUAUUCCCGCCACUCUCAAACAGAUCCCCAAAGGCUCGACGGAUCCACUGCCUAUUCUGCAACUACGCAAUCCACAUCCGUCGCUGAUCGAGGUGCUUUCUUUUGCUGAUUUCGUCCGCAUUGCGCCCAUUCACUGCGUCUCGCUGGACGGAGUCUCGAUGACACACGAAAUGUUCCGCACGCUGCUGGCGGCGCUCCUAAGCAAGCGGCACCUCGAGAAACUGUCCCUGAGAAACACUCCUAUUGACGCUGAAGGCUGGAAGAUGCUUUGCUGGUUCUUGUCAAUGAAUAGAGCUCUCACAAGACUCGACCUCACCCAGUGUCCUUCCCUCGACCUCAAUCUCCAGAAGCUCCGAAAACCAGCAGACACCAGAGACCGGAUGACUUGUAAUAUUCAGGACCGUUCCGACAUGGACUGGUCUUUGCUGACGGCAACAUUAAUGGUGCGUCGUGGAAUCAACGAAAUGGUUUUGAGUGGCUGCAAGAUCAACGAUCUGGCCGUGUUCAGAGACUUUUUGAAGCUGGGACUGAAAAACACCAUGAAGAUUGGUCUUGCUUUCAACGAUCUCAGUUUGAGCCACAUCGAGAUCGUGGUUGACUGGAUGAAGGAGAGCUCGAACGUUGUUGGGGUGGACCUGGGCUACAAUGACCUGUCGACGAAACUGCGUCCGUUUAUUGAGUACACAAAACAGGAGAAUUUCCGGUCGUCUCUGGCUCUCCUUUCGCUCAACAGCUGCAACCUGCGCGACAACGAGGACACGGUUGCUGUGUUUGAUGCGUUCUCCAAGUUCUCGCAUCUCAAGUACCUGGAUCUUUCCAACAACAAGAAAUUGUUCCAGACUUUCAUGCAUAAAUUUGUCACCUACUUGCCUCUUUUCCAGGACCUGCACCGUCUGAAUUUGGACGGCAACGAUUUCUCACAGGUCGCGCUGAUCCAGCUGAGUGAGACGCUCCCGCUCGUCAAGAACCUGAAUUACCUGUCCAUCAAGCAGAACGUGUUGACAGAAGCCUGCUGCGAGUCACUAUGUCAGUCUCUCAAGUACUCGCGGUCGCUAUUCAAUAUUGACUACGACCUUGAAAGCGUUCCUUCUGAGUUCCACCAAAAAGUGGGGUUGCUCACCAUGCGCAACAUGGAGAGAGCACUGUACGGAGACACGGAUGGUAGCUCAGACCUCAACCCGCUGCUGAAAGUGACGCAGAACGGCAAGCCGUUCACCCAAAUGGCCAUGGACAUGCUGCGCAAGUCCGAUAGUCUGACUGAACAAGAGGUGAAGGAGUUCUUUGAGUACACGGAGAAGCUGCGCAAUGAAAUGCAUGCUGCUAUCAAGGAGCUAGUCAAAUUGCAACUACAGCAUAGACUUACGAUAGAAGGCAAGGAGACCCUAAUCCGACUGAUCAUGGUGGACGAAUCUGUCAAGAAGUGCUUGGAACUGCUUGCAAAGAUGCACCCUGAAGUCGGUGCUCCUUGCCGUGUUGGAAAGACCUAUGACUUUUUCAUUGAAAAUAAGGAAGAGGCAAAACGGCUCUCUCCCCAGCUGUCGGACACAGAAACCACAGAACUCAAGGCCGAGUUAUCACCAAUGGUGGCCCACAACUCGGUUUCGAGUCUUAAUAUGGUUGCUGAGGAGGCGAACACGUUCAAGGCGUCCAGCACUUUCAAAAAGGCCAGCCUUGACGCAGACAAGUUGCAAGAGAAACAGACCUCCCUACUCGCGGCCCUUUCCGGAUCAAACGACAUCAAGAAAUUCCUGGACGCACUAAAGAAAUUACAGGAUAGCGGGAUCACGCUGUCUGACCUGUACUCUCACUCAGAUACAGAGAACAACACCCUGAUUAAUACGAGAAAGGGCCAGACAGACCUGAAGUCGCUUGGGUCGGGGGACGACCAGACGCGAUCCCUGCGGGAUGCGUUGGACACUGUACUGAACGAACUGGGUAAACGCAGAGACACUGAUUAA